AUGACUCGGACAACCUACAAGUACACCGACCUCAACUACAAGCUGGGCCAAGAAAUUCGGCUCAUAGUGGUCGCACCUGGUGAAACGACAGACGAUCUACAAUGUGACAUUAUCCAUGUCAACCUGGAGGAUAACCCUGACUACGAAGCAGUCUCCUACAUGUGGGCCUCUGACGACGGCGAUGCCAGUCUUACACAAAGGAUCAAUUGCGGUAGAAACGCAUAUCUUCCAAUUACGGCAAAUUGUGAAGCCGCCAUUCGUCAGCUCAGGAAACGCGUAUUCAAGCGACGACUGUGGAUUGACGCGAUCUGCAUUCAUCAAACAAAUAUCAAAGAACACAAUCAUCAAGUUGGUCUGAUGGACUUGGUAUACUCCCUCGCUCGGAGCGUGCGCAUCUGUAUUCAAGACCAUCGCGAUCCGGAAGGCAUCUUUAAAUACGCAGACUUGUUUGGAUUGCUACGCCACGACUCUGACAUGGGGAACCCGGGUGUUAAGACUUGGGGUCGUCCUGGAGUGAGCCAGUUGCUCUCGCUUCGAUACUUCAAGCGCGCUUGGGUCAUCCAGGAAGUAGUUUUGGCAAAGGCUGCAUAUCUACUACUUAACCAAAACGAACUUUUGCUUACUUCCGAGGUCAUGGCCAGAUUGGCCUAUCUUGCCAAAAAAGACGAGUAUGAACUUCCUGCGGUCUUGAGGUUGAAAGAGCUUAGGAGUGAGGCAAUUUCUAAUAACAUUAUCGCGUGUCUCCGCGCCGGUCUCGAAUGCCAAUGCGUCGAUCCACGUGACAACAUAUUCGCUGUUGUCAGUCUCAUGGACCCCAGAUCGAGGUCUCUGAUACCUAUCGACUACUCGGUUGAUUGCACCUCUGUCUAUGCGAGCGCAGUACUCGCUGUCAUCGCCCAACAGCGCAAUUUGGACAUCUUAUCAUAUCUUCGAUACAUCCACGUUUGGGAUCCGACUGGUUCAUCUAGAGCACCUGAGAAUCACGGUUUUCGUGUAAUGUUGGAACAGUUCAAACACUUCCUGGCUGACAAGGACUCACAAAGGCGAACAGCCAAAAUCCGUACUGUGGACAGAAUCUCAUUGAUCGGGCGCCUUCCUCUUAUCCGCCAGUUCAGAGACUAUACGCAAGGGUUGUGGCGAGGGCAGGUUGAGGUUCAGAUAGUCGAAACCAUUCCCUCGGCCCUUGGGUCGAGCAAGCAAAGUGCUGAUCUACCUGUCCGUUUCUGUCGGACAGCUCAAAACAAAAGCAUCCUACCACGAUUUCAGGUCCGGGCACAUUUCGUUGACACCAUUCCUAAGCAGAGUGCCGAAUCCAAUCUCAGGAUACCUGAAAGAGCGAUCAAUAUGAUAGUCUCGCAUUUGCCUCAAGACAGCUGUUGCGAUAUUGUGAAAUCAUGCUACGCAUGGAUUCUGCCUUUCUUUGAGCGAAAAUCGGACACCGCUGUGCGUCCUGUAUUCUUCGAGAAUGAACCCUACCACUUCGACUUUUCGGGUCUGAAUGCCCUCCUGGAAGAAGCGCAGCAGUGUACGGACAAGCUACUUUCUCCUUUUUAUAGUUCCAACAGUCUGGGCUUUGCCCCCGGAGGUCAACAUAGCUUGAAAGAAAACGAUGAAGUCUGGGUAUUGGAUGGGGCACGAUCCCCCUUCGUGCUACGGAAAACCGGCGACAAGACAUUUCGCAUCGUGAGCGAGUGUUAUCUUUGGGCGGCGCUCGAACUCGACUACUGGAACCCGGGCUCGGGAAAGGGUAGGCUAUGCGGAAGACAACUAGCACCUUAUGCUGAACAAACACACAUCAUUGAGAUACAUUGCUGGGAACGGGAAACACAAAGCUCGUGGUGA